AAAUAACCGCUAAUAACUGUCUGUAAUGCACAUAACAGAGAAAGCCACCAUGGAAUUGAUCUUUCUUUCGUUGUCUGUGUUAAUCCAAAAACUCAUGAGGACUCUCGUUCCUCUUCACCACCUCGUUUUAAACCCUGAAAUUAACUCUGCAUCUCUUCACCACCUUGAUUCUUCGUCCUCCACCCGACCUUUCCUCUUUGCUGUCCUCCAUGGGUUGUGGAGGUUCGAAACUUGAAGGCGACGACGAUACAGCUCCUCCAGGACUUCGCCCCUUCCGCCGUAGAAUCGAUGAGAUUAGGCAGCGAAGGAGCGGCCGCACCUUAACGAAGGACCCCGGUGCCCUCUCUUCCAAACAGCUUCUCCAUGAUGAAAGCGAAGAAGGUCAUCACCAAGAUCAGACCACGGACGCCACCUAUUGCGAGAUCCGAAAAAGCGUGUCAUCUUCUCCAGCUGAGAACGAAAAUGUAGCCUCCACAAACAAGGACGCGACCACGGAAAAAGAACAGAACAACGAUGAUCACCAUUACCAUCCCAUGGACCCUCCGGAAAGCGAGAUGCGAAUGAGCGUAUCGCCGUCACCUGAUGCGAUGACGGAAGUUCCUCUUCAUUGCAGGACGUCCGCACCGGAAAACGAUCAGAAAAACGACGACAACAACAACAACAACAACAACAAUAAUGUGGAAUCCGAUAGACCGGAUGUAGCGAUGGUUUCACAGGGUAAGGAGGGAGAAGAUGAGGAGAAGGAGGGGAAAAGACAGGAAGAUGAUAGUAGUGGUAGUGGUGAUGAAAAGGAGAGAGAAGGAGAAGGUGACGGAAGCGAGAUCGGCCCUGGAUCCCCUAGUUUCAGUAGAGAAGGUGGUUAUCUCUAUGAGGACGGGCGCGAGAUCGGCCCUGGAUCCCCUAGUUUCAGAGAUUAUUUCCUCUCGGCUAAUAAUGCGGCCGAAAGCGAUUCAGGCGAUGCUGGCAACGGAGAAGAUAUGGGUGUUAAGAUAAAGGAAGAUAAACCACCACGAAGGAAGGAUAGUUCAAGUUCAAAUGAGGGAUCCGUGGACAAAGCAGUGAAGAAAGAAAGCAAAGGAAGGAUGUUUAAAAAUGUUUUACCAAAGGGUAGACAAGGUGCUAAGAAUUUGUGGAAUGUCCGGUCAUGCUAUCAUCCAUCCGCCACCUCAUCUGUUCAUGGAAAAGAUGGGAAAGUUGAUGCAUGAUAAUGAUCACUGUGUAGGAAUAUAGAAAAUUCAUCCUCCCUGCCCUUUUUUCUUUAUAUAUAGUGUUUUUUAUUUUUAUUUUCAUGUUUUCUAUAAUGGGAUUGAGUUAUUUGUUUGGACUGUAAAGCAUGUCAGCAUUCUAUGGGUCUAUCUCUCUCCUAUAAUAGGGACAGAUAUAUCACUUUAUAGGAUGAAUGAUAGAGAAAGACUUAGGCAGGUGCUAGCGGAUGCUACACACUUGGACAGAGAAUAUUAUCAGUUUUUAGUUCUCUUUUCUUUAUCUUCCUACUUGGCUUGAUGCCUUGAUGAGAAAUUCAUUUGCUUUUUUUUAGCGUAGUUGGAGAUGAAAAGUAGUUCACCUUA